ACACGAAGUUGGUCAUCGUGGAGGAACAAAAGGCAUUUUGAAAAGUUGUAUUAUCUGGUAGCCCUUUACUUUGACAAGAAGUAAGUUGCUGUUUAAUUUUGCUUACAUUAUUUCCUUACUCAGCUUUUUUAUUUCGUAGACUAGUUAAAGACUGCACGUCGAGGUUUAACAAAAUCCCACGUGUACAUGAAUCUGGAGCUGUAAAUCAUAUCAUAUCAAGUAUCCUUGAGUCAUAUGGUGGUGAUGGUGCUUUGUCCUUUAUCGAAUGUUUCGGCUUGAUCUAUAAAUGUGGUCUCAACCUAAUGCUAGAUUGGAUCGAUGGCAAUAGGUCAGAUAUCCAGGCUUUUUCAUUAAUUUGCAGGAUCACUGUGAUACUAUAUUGCAUUGUGUAUAUAGUAAGUAUACCAACCGCGUUUCAUUUUAGCUUAUUAAUAUAUACGUUGUAGUUUAAUUUUGCCAUUCUUUCAGCUUUUAUUCUCCUCUAUUUGAGGAUAUGGGUAUGGAUGGUGAGGAAAAACAAAAACUGAACCCAGGAUAAAAUUAAACCACAAAAUAUAUAUUGCUGGAUCUGAAAAAAUAGUUCCACUGUAUGCCAUUCCCAUUGUCUUGAAUAAGUUGGUUCUAAAAAUCAGAGACUUCUGACUAAACAGAAGUUUCAAGACUUUGAGACUUACUACAAAUGCUUCCAAGAUUUUGAGAUUGGACCAAAAUUUUCAUAAACCCAGAAUUUUCUAAGAGACUAACAUAAUAAAAAGUGAACUGCUACAGGGUGCAAAGAAAAUCAUUUUUACAGCUUGCCAUUCAGGAAAGCUGAAGCUAGGAUUUACUAGCCCAAACAUCAUUUCAACUAGCCCCAAAAGCUUUUUGACAGGCAGAAUUGAUUUCACAGUUCUUCUCUAAUUCAAUUUGAAUUCCUCAAAAAUCAUCACUUGCCCAUCAGGCAAGUUAAAAACAGAAAUCACUAGCCCGAAAGCAAAAUCCAUUCUCACCGGGCUAUUGGACACUACUUUCUUGGCACGCUGUGCUACCACGUUUUACAUAAUUUUUGGAUUUAAUAAAGUGCGAAAUUAAGCUUUUGCUGCAGACUGCAGACCACAGUCUCUCAUAGUUGAAAGUAAGUGCUAACCUUGACCUUAAAAUAUCAAGAACUAAAUAGAAUUGGUACCCUGUUCUGUAGUCCUGAAUUUGAUUUUUUGAAGCCUUUCUCUCAUUUUGCUUGCCUGUGGUCACUGAAUGCCAAAAAAGUAUACCUGUACUUGCCCAACAGGAAAAUCUUGUUAAUUUGCACAGCUGGAGAGGACUCUUUUUAGCCCUAUUUUUUUUAGGGAUUUCCAAGCUAUGAAACUGAACAGCUGUUUCCACAAUCCAUAGUACUGUAGUCCUCCUGCAAUUAUCAAUUUUUGGUGGCUGCACAUCUGAAACCUAAAACUAGACCAGUUUUGUAAUUUCAGUAUGUAGCAGUCAUGAUUCUAGAAUAAAGCCAUUUACAGCCAAACCUCAGAUAAGUGACUGCCCAAAAUGCAAAGUUUUAGCAGUUUCUCUCAGGAGUUGGUUGUGUUUGAAAAUUGAACCACAGGAAACCACUUUCUGUCAUUUCAGUAGCAGUCAUUUGAUUCUAAGUGACCGCCCAAAAUGGAAAGUUUUAGUGGUUACUCUCAAGAGUUAAUUGCAUUUGAGAAUUGAACCACAGGGGGUCUCUUCCAAGGAUGAGUAUGACCUUGUCUACAUUGUGGAACAGACCUACAUGUAGUUGCUUGCAGUUUCAAAGUAAUGAUAAUUUGGUUCCAUGUACAUGCAUGUUAUGUUGUUACCAAAAAAUUCUUCAAAUAUUCAUGUUGAUGUGUUCACUUACGAGAGGUUCAGAACAUAAAAGAAUAUAAUAAAACCAUCACACACACUGAAGGUUUGACUGGGUUGUAACAUAUUAACACAAGGGCUAGAGUUCAUAUGAGGACAUGCUGUUCUCAAUAAUCAGGGCUGUCAAAAAGUUUUUAGGUAGCAGGCUAGUAAUGAAUAGAAGGUGGCUUUGGAACUCGCACCAAAAGCACAAAUUCUUGAGGGCCAAGACAUCUAGGGAGAUUUUGAAAUUUAGAGUCUCGGAAAUGGCAUUUUCUGUGGUUUUCAAGAGGUAUUUUCCACCGCAGACACAAUGUUUUGUCAUCAGAAUACACUCAAGAUUGGCAACGAUGCCAUUGAAAUGUCCUGGGUGUUCAACGACAUCACACGGUUCACACGUUUCGCAGGGCUAAACCUUUAUAAAUAUGCAUUCAAUUUCAUUCGAUGGUGCUUAUUUUUUGUUAGCAGUUAUAGUAGAAGAAGAUGAAAUUAAAGUAGCCGGCUAGGGAUGGCUGACUAGGCGGCGGUUUUGGCCGGCUACCAGCCCUUAUUGACAGCCCCGCAAUAAUCCUUCAAAAUCAUGAAGCAUACCGUAAAAACUCGUGUAUAAGCCGCACUCGUGUAUAAGCCGCACCCCCAACUUUCAAGCAUGAUUUUGAAAAAAAAAAAACCAAAAAUGCGCUUUUGUAAAAAAGGUGAUCGUUUGUUCGCGCAUCAAAAUGUUCACAAAUAAACUUGAGGAAAUUUAAUGUUGUGUAUUUGCAGUGACAUUUUAAAUAGUAACCACGUGUUUAUUUGACGUUUAUUUGACGUAUGGAAACCAUCGAUCGGGGAAAAGCUUGUUGCUAAACGAGAGUUUAACAACCCAAUGGACAAACACGCCGUGAAAGUAGUGAAGGACGACGAAACGGUCGGCCAUUUGCCUCGCGAAUUCUCUCGAAUAGCGUGGUAUUUUCUUGCACGUAGUGGGGAAAUCAGCGUUGAAGUGAUCGGUCGCAGACGACACUGUAAGCAGCUGUGCGGAGGAAUGGAGAUUCCGUGCCAGUUAGAGUUUAACUGCUCAAACAAAGCGCAGAUGAAACGCUUAAAAGAACUACUGGCGAGCAAGAUUCAGGUAUAGAACCUGCAGAUGCAAACAAACGGCUCCUUUAGGAGCCACCACUUCUACUGAAAGCAAUGAUCAACGACACGUUUUCAAUAUGUUUAAUCUUUAUUUACUGAAGGUUUUCAGUUCAAUUUGUGACCCCUACAAGCCAGUUUACUCCCUUUGAGAGCAAUGGUCUCGUGUAUAAGCCGCACCUGCGAUUUUUUACUCAAAAUUUUGGCAAAAAGGUGCGGCUUAUACACAAGUUUUUACGGUAAUCAUAAUACAGCUUUACGUCAUAAAGUAAUAAUAAUACUUUAUGACCUAAAGCUGUGUUAGUGUUUCCUAGAGAUGGCCGCUUGUGUCUGUAGACCUAGUAAACAGUCACAAGUGUCCAUUUUCUAGGAAACCCUUUAAUUAUUAUUAAUAAUAUUCUCAUUAAUUGAAGUAAUCUAUAUCCCUUUUUCUACCCAAAACUGUUUGAUUUAUGUUGGUCUGUCUCAAAAACGUUUAUUUAAUUGCCUCCUUUCAUGUUGUUUUCUUAGCAUAUGACGAUGUUUAACAUAAAGAUAACUGGUAUUCUGUUUCUGUUGUAGCCAUGAUUACAGAUAUUCAGCUUGCAGCCUUUGCAAACAUCCUGGGUGUAUCACUGUUCCUUCUAGUUGUCUUGUACCACUUUGUAGCAGUCAAUAA